AUGAAGGACCUUGCUCUCAUUGAGUGUGGACAUAUGUUCCAUACUGAAUGACUGCAGGUGUACAUCAAACUGCAGAUAGACUCAAAGCUUCUCCCAGUCAAGUGUCCUCUUCAAGAAUGUAGGAAACAGAUCCCUGAUACCGAAAUCAGAAGUCUUAUCGAGCUUGAGUUUCAUCAGAAAUUGGAAAGGUUCCAGUUAGAGUUAUUCGUUGAACAAAACUCAACCUUCUACCAUUUCUGCCCAAGUCCUGAUUGCAUCAAUGUGAUCGAAUGGGAUGCUGGAAAAGGACCAAGCAAGUUAGAAUGUCCUGUGUGCGCUCAAACUCACUGUUUGAGAUGCAAAACUAAUUGGCAUGAAGGAUUUACAUGUGAAGAAUUUUUAAAAAUUAAAGAAGCUAAUCCUGAUGACAUGACGUUCUAUUCGUUAGCCAAAGAGAGUAAGCUUCAACAAUGCACCCAAUGCAAGUUUUGGGUCCAAAAGACCGAAGGAUGUGACCACAUCACUUGCAGAUGCAAAUAUGAGUUCUGUUACAUAUGUGGAGGCAAGCACCAAGAAUGUGGAUGAAACUAA